AUGCUCAAGUGGAGAGCUAUCGUUGAUAGAUAUUCAAACCUCAAUCCCAGUGUCUGGAACGUCAGCGCAAUGUUUGUAGAUCGAAUGCUCAGCUUGAAAAAGUCAAACUGGCAGGUUGGUCAACAUUUUCAAGCCAUAAGCGACGUAUUCAAAAUGCAACACUCACAGCAGUACAAGAAGCUGAAUCUUUCUGUCAGCUGCAGCUUCUUUGAGAUUUAUGGCGGAAAGGUGUUCGACCUUCUGAAGCAAAAAGCUUUAUUGCGAGUUCUUGAAGAUGGCAAAAAAGAAAUACAAGUUGUUGGACUGAAAGAGGUUCCUGUGAAGUGCGAAAACGAUGUUCUUGAUCUGAUCCGGCAGGGCACGGAUAUGUGCACGCAGGAGCAACAUCUGCAAAUUCCAAUUCGAGCAGAUCCCAUGCCGUCUUUCAAAUAG